AUGUGGUUACAGGUGAUGGAAAAGGACAACACAAGUUCUUUUGAAGGCUUUAUCCUGGUGGGUUUCUCAGACCAUCCCCGCCUAGAGCUGAUCCUCUUCGUGGUUGGCCUCACUUUUUAUCUGCUGACUCUUCUUGGUAACAUGACCAUCAUCUUGCUUUCAGCUCUAGAUUCCCAGCUGCACACACCAAUGUAUUUCUUUUUGGCCAACCUCUCAUUUCUAGAUAUGUGCUUUACCACAGGCUCCAUCCCUCAGAUGCUCUACAACCUUUGGGGCUCAGAUAAGACCAUCAGCUACCUGGGUUGUGCCAUCCAGCUUUACUUUGUCCUCGCUCUGGGAGGGGUUGAGUGCAUGCUCCUGGCUGUCAUGGCAUAUGACCGCUAUGUUGCAGUCUGCAAACCCCUGCACUACACCAUUAUCAUGCACCCACGUCUCUGUGGGCAGCUGGCUUCUGUGGCAUGGUUGAGUGGCUUUGGCAAUUCCCUCAUAAUGGCACCCCAGGCAUUAAUGCUACCCCGCUGUGGGCACAGGAGAGUGGACCACUUUCUCUGUGAGAUGCCAGCACUAAUUGGCAUGGCCUGUGUUGAUACCAUGAGCCUUGAGGCACUGGCAUUUGCCUUGGCAAUCUUUAUCAUCCUGGCACCACUUGUCCUCAUCUUCGUCUCUUAUGGUUACAUUGCACAUGCAGUGCUCAGGAUCAAGUCAGCUGCUGGGCGAAAGAAAGCCUUCAACACCUGCAGCUCUCACCUAACUGUUGUCUCUCUCUUUUAUGGUACAAUCAUAUACAUGUACCUCCAGCCAGCUAACACUUAUUCCCAGGACCAGGGCAAGUUCCUUACUCUUUUCUACACAAUAGUAACCCCCAGUGUUAACCCCCUGAUCUAUACACUAAGAAACAAAGAUAUUAAAGAGGCCAUGAAGAAGGUGUUGGCGAAGGGGGGUGCAGUAGUAUAA